GAAAUUGAUGAUGGCCCAUCAAAAGAUUCACAAGAUUCAAAAGACUCAAAGAUACAAAAAGACAGAAAAGUUUUUGAAGGCUUGAUCAAUAAAAAUUCACAAGAUUCACAAGAUUCACAAGAUUCACAAGAUUCACAAGACUCAAAGAUUCAAAAAGACAUAAAAGCUUUUGAAGACUUGAUCAAUAAAAUGCAUCAAUUAAAUCAUACUAUCCAAGAAAUCUGGGAAGAAACUAGUCACGAAGCUGGUGUACCCUAUGAAAAAUAUAAAACAAUUCGUAAACGUUAA